GACACUUUCCGUCCCGGCGGUUCCGGCACCAGGGUCCUGCCUGCGACCUCCCGUCCAGGCCCAGACGCUGGAUCAACAUCUGUGACUUCACGUGUGCGCGCCCCCGCCACAUCUGUAGUCACAAAUAUAGCCACCUUGGCCACAACCCUACACGUGGGCAACAUAGGUGGCUACAAGUACACAGUCCACAUCUGUGACCCUCUAUUGGGACAUCCCGGGUCACACCUGUGAUACCUGACACUUGAACCCCCACACAAAGACCCUCUUACCACCUGUGGCAAUACUAGGAGGAUCCCGUGACCGCGUCUCUCACUCCAAGAGGCCCACCCUGACCUCCAGACUGUCCCUGCAGAAAGGAGCAAUGGCUGCAGCUCAGGACAGGGGCCCCCAGCGUGUGCUGUUUGGGGAGUGGCUUCUAGGUGAGGUCAGCAGCGGUCGGUAUGAGGGGCUUCAGUGGCUGGAUGAGACCCACAAGGUGUUCCGUGUGCCCUGGAAGCACUUUGCGCGUAAGGAUCUGGGAGAGGCCGAUGCACACAUCUUCAAGGCCUGGGCAGUGGCCCGAGGCAGGUGGCCACCCAGCAGCAGUGACCAGCCCUCCCCAGAAGCUGAGGCUGUGGAGCGUGCUGGCUGGAAAACCAACUUUCGCUGUGCGCUGCAUAGCACACGACGCUUCGUGAUGCUGAAAGACAACUCUGGGGACCCUGUCGACCCACACAAAAUUUACAUGCUCAGUUCUAAGCCGGGGUGCAGAGCCUCCGAAAGCCCAGCUGUCCACCAGGGGGAGGAAGAGGCCUUCAGAGGUGCCCCACCAGCACAGGGCGGAGCCCCAGGGCCACUCCUGACGGGACCUGCUGAGCCCCAAGACCUCCUGCUUCAGGUUCUGCAGCAGAGUCUGGUGGAGGAUCACCUGCUGGAUGCUGUAUUGGGAGGAAACUCAGCUCCCACCCAGGCUCCAGCUCCUCUGUGGUUCUUAGGCCCAGAGCACCCUUCUGAGGAGCCUGUGGCAGCAUGGACUAUGGAGGCUACCCCCAGCCCCAGGCCUCAGCACCCAGUACUGAUGACAGAGCCUGGCCCAGGAGCCCUGGAUGUGACUAUCUUGUACAAAGGCCGCAUAGUACUACAGGCAGUGGUGGGGCACCCCAGCUGUGUGUUCCUAUACAACCCCACAGGCCCAGCUGCCCUGGCCACAGAGGCCCAGCCAGUGGUCUUCCCCAGCCCUGCUGAGCUCCCUGACCAGAAGCAGCUGCGCUACACAGAGGAACUGUUGCGGCACGUGGCCCCUGGCCUGCAGCUGGAGCUGCGGGGGCUGGAACUGUGGGCCUUGCGCAUGGGCAAAUGCAAGGUGUACUGGGAGGUGGGCAGCCCACAGGGCUUUGCCAGCCCCUCCACCCCAGCCCAGCUGCUGGAGCGCAACUGCCAAACACCCAUCUUCGACUUUAGCAACUUCUUCAGAGAACUGGGUGAGUUCCGGGCAAGGCGGCGCCAAGACUCUCCUCACUACACCAUCUACCUGGGCUUCGGGCAGGACCUGUCUGCCAGAAGGCCCAAGGAGAAGAGCCUGGUCCUGGUGAAGCUGGAGCCACGGCUGUGCCGGGUGCAUGUGGAGUGUGUGCAGCGGGAGGGUGUGUCCUCCUUGGACAGCAGCAGUCUUGGCCUGUGCCUGUCCAGCACCAACAGCCUCUAUGAUGACAUCGAGCACUUCCUCAUGACUUGGAACAGUGGGCAGAAGCCAGCCUCCCUCUCCCCUCAAUAAAGAGCCAAGAACCAGUGCUGUCAUGA